UGCAUACGCGUCUUCUUCGCGUUGUCGAGUUCAUUCGGACUUGCUCCAUUCAUUUUCUGUCGCCCACAUAGAACGAACCCCCAACCACGAUUCGUCAAAUCACUGGGAUUCUCGCGCGCGCUCUAGAUCGGAACUCACAACAGUCCGCAGCCGGAAACAUGACAAAUGAAUCAAGCUUCCUGUCCCAGACCCUACAAUCCAUCACCUCUACCAAGAAGCGUGAGCAGGACAAACGUAGGACUACCUUCGAAGACCGCAAAUCCAAAUUACUUCAAGCCGUUGACGCCGCUGAGAACCAGACGGCUAAGCUCGAGGUCUUACUUUCCGGUCUUCAAGAGCUCUCAUUCAGCAACAAAGGUGUCUGGUAUGUCGACAGUGAUCAAGAGAAGUCAGUUCAGAACGUGAGUCGCUAUUUGGAACAGUCCAGACAUGACUCCUCCGUUUCAAUGAACAUCUUGCGUCGUUUUGAAACAAAAGUGCGCGAAAAACUGGAGCAGGAGAGCGAGCGCUUCAACUUCGCGAAUCUGUACUACCGCCUACUUACAGAAUGGACUUCGACUGAUAGCAAGCCGAUCGCUGAAUCAGAGCUCAAGCAAGGGGACUUGGAUGGCUCGUUCGAGCAUGUUCAAAGGUACAAUCUUCAGAACCUCAAAGAUAAAUUCAGCAGUGUUGUUUUCACGCCCUUGGAGACGGACGAGGUCGAGAUUGACAACUAUCUCAGCUCGUUAUUCGACGAUGAGCACGCCGAGAAAAUCCUUAAUGACCUUCGUGCGAACGUGGCCCGCUUUGGUGCCGAUCUUAAACAGCGUGCGAACCCAUUUGAUCCCCCCGUCCUGAAGCAAUGCAUCUGCGCCCUGCUCACGAAUGAUCUGCUCAACGAUGACGCGAAGGCGACUUUGUCGGACUUUUCAACAAACGACGUGGUCCUUGCUGAGAUUGCAGACGUCCUGAACCUUCGCUUCUCUGAUCUGGACAAUUGGUCCUGGGAAGCAGAGGAUGGCAUGUACUAUGAGCCGAGACGACAAGCAAACGGAAAGUACCGCAUAAUGAUGGAUCAAGACAUCUUGCAGGCCAUCUUUUUGCACUAUAUUGCAGUAAGCUGGAGCGCACAUCUCAAGCAACAGUUCACAAGCCUAGCAUACGAUGAUAAGUUCUGGAAGACUAAGAACAAGCCUUCGAGGCUUGAGGAAUCGCGCCGAACAUACUUUUCCAACAAGCUCCAGCAGUCGAAUCAGGGGGUAGCAGGUGCACAGUUGGAAACUUUCCGGAACACAUUCCUCCUUUCAGCGUUACCUUCGUCGCUCCAUCACGGAUCUGAUCCGUAUGGGGAAGACCCUGAGUCAGGCGGCAAAAAGAAGAGCGGUCUUGCCAUCCGACAACUACUUCUUCAGCAAAUCGCGACAGACGUAAUUAUCAGACGUGCACUUCAUGGAAGUGUCGCCGUCGUCCAAUCUGACUUGCAAUGGUAUGCCACUGGUCUUCCUCACUCCACACUGUUCGCUGUUCUUCGCUUCUGGGGUAUUCCCGAGGAUUGGAUCAUGUUCUUCAAGAAGUUUGCCGAAGCACCCUUGCGAAUGGACCCAACUCCCGGUCAAAACGUACAAAUACGGAAGCGAGGUAUUCCGAUCACUGACGCCUUCGAGAAACUCUUUGGUGAAAGUGUAUUGUGGUGUAUGGACGUCGCCGUGAACCGCCUCUGCAGCACCACAUUGAUCCGCUUUCACGACGACCUUUGGCUGUGUGGUGAGCCAUCGCUAUGUGCGCAGGCCUGGGAGACUAUUCAAGACUUUGUUAAAGUUCUUGGGCUCGAUAUCAACACCAAGAAAACUGGAUCUGUCUAUGUUUCAGAUCGUCCUAAAGAAUCGAUUGCCGCGUCAAAGUUGCCACAUGGUCCAGUGUGCAUGGGAAUGCUGCAGCUGUCGGAAUCAGGCGACUGGACACUGGACCAGAAACAGGUCUCAGCUCAUGUACGCCAGCUGCAGAAACGACUUGGAGAGAGUCAGAGCAUCAUUGGCUGGGUCCAGAUCUGGAACGCUUGUAUGGGAAAAUUCUUCAAAAACGCGUUCGGUCGACCAGCCAAUUGUUUUGGACAUGCACACGUUGAUGCCAUACUGAAGACUUUUGCUAAGAUGCAGCGCGAGCUCUUUGAAGAGCACAACGGCAGCGUCUCAGAAUACCUGAGGCAGCAGAUCCAUCAAAGAUUCGGUGUUGAAGACGUUCCGGACGCUUUCUUUUUUGCCCUUGAGGAGUUGGGAGGUCUUGGCUUGCAGAGCCCGUUUGUCCCAUUCUACAUCCUCAAAGACCAGCUCAUUAAGAAUCCACUGGAUCGCAUUGCCGAAUUCCACAAAGCCGAGAAAGCGAAAUACAAAGAGCUUCAAGAGUCAUUCGAGAUGCUCUCUGCCCAGGAUCGACAACGUCGCUUCGACUCUAGCUUCCACAGCGCGCGAGAGACUGGCUUCCCAAACGAGCCAUUUUUCUCUUUCGAGGAGUAUACCGCCCAUCGCGAGACGUAUUCUUACGAGUUGAAACAGGCUUACGAUGAUCUCAUGCGCGAGCCUGUUGAGAAAAGCAUCGAGUUGACCAACGAUGUCGCGCCGUGGUUUGAGGAACUUUGUCACUCGCACAAGAUAAGGUGGGAUGACAACAUGUCUAGCGAGAACAAGUGGAUCAUGCAUUUGUAUGCCGAGGAGUUGAAGCAUAGAUUUGGCGCGCUGAGCAUCGUGGACCGCAACUUGCUGCCUAGUGGGGUGAUGCAGAUGUUGAAGAAAAAGAAGGUAAUCUGGCAAUUGAUCAUCUGGGAUUAGAUAAGUACUUGCUUGUGGACGGAUGUAAUCCAAUCUCCCAUUAGGUGCCCUGUUGCACAGAACAUACAACGGGU